AUGGCCGUUGUCAAGUUGGAUCUGCUAUUUGAAAAAAUCGAGUUCGGCUUUCGAUCUUUCCAUUGUAAAGGUUUCGAGCCGCAAGCGAGGGACGUUUCCUGUGACUACGAGGUCGUAAAACGUGCCUUGGGAAUGGAGAGACCAAUGUCUGAAGGAGAAUGGCCCGAAAACAGGCGCACACCCAACCAGAUACACGUCGUUUGCGCCCGCCAGGGCGGCCAGGUAUCCGCUGUUCUUCCAGCCUGUUGGAAAGUUGCUGAUACGAUCGAUCCAGGAAUGGAAUCACUUUCUUUUGGUGUCAUUGCGGUAUAUGUCUUGCAAGGUGGCCAAGUACUCGCCGGUAUCGGCUGGCAACAGGGCUUGAUUGUUUGCUUCCACGUGCGUCAUAUUGACGCGCUCGAAAUGACUGAUGACUGGUGCAAGGCUGUGACAACUUCGCAUUGUCAUUGA